AUGAGAGUGUUAAAGAAUGUUAAAGAAAGAGAUGAAUUGGAUUAUCUGAAAUACGGUGAAGAUAAGAGUUAUUCAACAAAGAAAUUAACAGGCUCAGUAUCUAUAAAAAAGAAACCUUUUACAAAAUUUGAACUCAGCGAUGAACAAAAAGCAGACAUUAAAGAAGCAUUUGAUCUUUUUGAUCCGGAUGGAACUGGCAAGAUUGCCUCGAGAGAAUUGAAAGUUGCAAUUAGAGCACUUGGUAUUGAGCCAACGAGAGAAGAAAUAAGAAAAUUAACAGCCAAUGUUGAUCCCGAUGGUCUUGGAAAAAUAUCAUUCGAAGAAUUUCUAGAUCUUAUGUCGAGUAAAAUGGCAGAAAAAGAUUCUAAAGAUGAAGUUUUAAAGGCCUUUCGUUUAUUCGAUGACGAUCAUACUGGAAAAAUUUCAUUUAAAAAUUUGAAACGCGUGGCUAAAGAGUUGGGAGAAAAUUUAACCGAUGAAGAAUUACAAGAGAUGAUCGACGAAGCAGAUAAAGAUGGUGACGGUGAGGUUUCUCAGGAAGAAUUUCUUAGAAUAAUGAAAAAAACUUGUUUAUACUAGUAUAAAAUGUAUAUAGUCGAAAAAUAUUGU